AUGGGCCGAACUUGCUUGCUCGUCGUCUCUGCAACGGCGACGUUGGGCGUGUAUGGGCUUUACAAAAUUGCGGGAAUAGUUUAUAGGGAGUGGUUGUCGCCGCUGCGCGUUCUUCCUGGAACCAAGAGCCCCAGCUUUUUAUAUGGGGAUCUGAAAGAGCUUUGGGAAGAGGAAGAUACAGGGACGAGUGGCAUAUUAGUUGAGAAGUAUGGAACCACCUUCAGAUAUAAGAGUUUACUUGGGAUCAGCCGGCUGUAUACUGCAGAUACGAGAGCGUUAAAUCACAUCUUGAUGAACUCUUACGAUUACGAGAAACUGCCUGAGAGUAGGGCGGCGCUCACUAACAUUCUUGGUGCCGGUCUUUUGGUCGUCGAGGGAGAUAAACAUAAGCAGCAGCGCAAAAUAAUGAACCCUGCCUUUGGACCAGCUCAGAUCCGGGAGCUGACCGACAUUUUCGUUCGAAAGUCGAUUCAGCUGCGUGAUCUUUGGGCUGAAGAGUGUACUAAACAAGGAGGCCAAGGCCGCAUAGAGAUAUUAUCCUGGUUGACUUGGACAACUCUUGAUGUCAUCGGUUUAGCAGGUUUCAAUUACAAAUUCAAUGCGCUGAUGCGUGAUUCGAAGGCAAACGAACUAAGCGAAGCUUUCAAUACUAUUUUCCAGGCCGGAACUUCCGUGAACGUGAUGUUGAUUCUAAGAGCCUUCAUUCCAGCUUUAAGUUGGAUCCUGCCAGAAGCGGGGGACGUGGAAGCAAAGAAAGCGUCUUCGACCAUGUCACGCAUCGGGAAGGAGCUUCUAUCCAAUAGCAAGGCUGCCGUUUCGCAGCAGGAGUCGCUCGAAAAAGAUACUUGGAAAACGAGGGACUUGUUGUCCCUCCUUGUGAGGGCGAAUGUAGCCACUGAUUUGACCGAGAGUCAGCGAAUGCUGGAUGAGGAUGUUUUGGCUCAGAUACCGACAUUCAUAGUCGCGGGGCAUGAGACAACAAGCAACGCCACGACGUGGGCAUUAUUUGCGCUAAAUUCGCAGAAUCCAGACGCGCAGAUCAAACUUCGAAACGAGCUCCUCACCGUAUCAACUGACAACCCAACUAUGGAUGAGCUCAACGCUCUUCCAUACCUCGAUGCUGUUGUUCGCGAGACACUUCGCCUCCACGCGCCCGUGUCGAUGACAAGCCGAGUAGCAAUGAAGGAUGACGUUCUUCCAUUGGCAAUUCCGUUCACUGACAGCAAAGGGGUGAUCCAUCAUGAAAUAAGAAUAAGGAAAGGGGAACCCCUGCUCAUCCCGAUUUUGGCCCUUAACCGGGACAAGUCAAUUUGGGGCGAGGAUGCCCACGAGUUCAGACCCGAACGAUGGGAGUCCAUUCCCGAUGCAGCUUCGUCCAUCCCAGGGGUCUGGGGCCACAUGCUCACUUUCCUUGGUGGUCCACACUCCUGCAUUGGGUACCGCUUCGCACUUGUCGAGAUGAAAGCACUUUUGUUCACGUUAAUCCGUUCGUUCGAGUUUGAAUUGGCCGUUCCUGCGAGUGAUAUUGGCAAGAAAGCCGGGAUCGUUCACAGACCUAUUCUCUUGUCGAACCCAGAAGGUGGCAGUCAAAUGCCCUUGUUUGUGAAGGCGUACCAGCCUCCACUCGAAGAAGCUUGA